AGUUCCCGGUUUGCAAGAAUCCUUGAGAAUGUGACCUGCUUGGCUAACACGGAGAAAUGUGAUUUGUGAAAGGACCUGAGAAAGACCCCAUGCUGGACGCUGCACAGGCUCACCAAGGCAGGCUCCGGCCCAGUUUUCCAAGUGAUAAUUCCAGGAAACCUCAUGAAGAUCACGGGGACGGCAGCUGGCGAGUGCGAGGUGAUGUGAGUCUGCAGCGCGUCUGCUCCAGGGAAGUUCUCCAGGCUGCGAGAGGAAAGGAGCUGUGGGAGGGGGAAGGAGAAGCAGCAGAGAUUUCAGCGUGAGCACACCAUUCCCUGUCAUGGAAAGAGCCAGCUCUGCUUGUUGGAGCCAGCCCGGUGGGACGGUGUUUAACAGGAGUUGGCAUCACAGGCUGCUGAGGUAUGAAGACAAUCACUACAACUGGACCGACUGUGAAGCCGGUCACUUGAGCAAAGUCCCUGUCACGCUGCUCAUCUGCCUCUGCGGGCUGGUGGGGAACGGGGCCGUCCUCUGGCUCCUCGGCUCCCGCCUCCGCAGGAACCCCAUCACCUUCUACAUCCUAAACCUGGCUGUGGCCAACUUCACCUUCCUCCUCUCCAUCGCCAUUGCCCUUGUGAUAUUUUACGGCCCAGAGAGCCUUUAUCACAGGCUGGGCUCACGGGACAUGACGGUUGUGUUGAACAUCACCAUCUUCUUCGCCUUCACCACCAGCAUCUACCUCCUGGCAGCCUUCAGUGCCCUGACAUCUCUGUCCGUCCUGCCCCUGGCCCGCUGUCCCUGUCACUGCUCCCAGUGCUUGCCAGUGCUCGUGUGUGCCCUUCUCUGGGCUCUCUCCUUCCUGCUCACCGUGACCCUCUACGUCUGCCCUGCAGCGCUCAUUGUCUUCGUCCUGAGUUACCUCUUAUCAGUGCUUAUUCUGAUUUUUUCUGGUCUAACCCUGCUUGCCAGGGUCUUGUGCUGCUCAUGGCAAUAUCCACCAAGGAAGCUCUGUGUUGUGGUCCUGCUGGCCGACUUCAUCUUCCCCUUCUUCACUGCUGAUUUUUGUUACUGGCUCUUGCUGAGACUGUUUGAUUUUUCUGUUUUUGUCUUUGAUACCUCUCUCCUGUUCACCUGUGUGAACAGCAGUAUCAACCCCAUUAUUUACUUCUUGGCUGGGAGCUGCGCAGAGAAGUUCACACUCUCUGUUAGGGUUGCUUUCCAAAGGGCUUUUGAAGACGUAACAGACCCUCAAAAUAGAGGCGAAACUCCCCAAGAAAACACAUUGGAAACGGUUGUUUAAACCUCUGCGGGCCCUUCCUGGGAGAAGAUGCUCUUGGGAUGGAGGUACCUGGUGGGACAGAGUGAGACUUUGGUGAGGCUCUGGCUGCAGCUGAGCAAAAUCAGCUGCAGCCCAACAAAACGUGCUGGGUGACCCAGGAAAUCCUGCCUGGGGUGGACACUGGACAGCGUGAUGAAAUACCCAUCGAAACCUCUUGCUUUUAAACCUUUGAUUUGAAUCUGUUCCUACCGACAGGUCUGAGUUUACCCUAGUCUCAAAAGUGAUCUUGGUCUACCCUGUCCACUGUUAAAACAGAGUAGCAGCGGAGGCUCUUUGCUCCUGCCAGUGGGAUUUUUUGGUGUGUCUGCUUAUAACUAGGGUGCGGGUGGAUGAGAAAAUUUGGCACAUCAGGGCAGAACAAUUCCUGGGCAAAGCCUUGUGUGUUCAUCUCCAGCGGGUGCCAACAUGUGUGAAGAAUAUGCGGAGACUUCACCUUCAGUUUUGUUACCGGGCAGGUAGGUGUGUGUUUGGGAUUGUCCCUGGAAGGCUUUCCCUGAAAUGCAUCACUUCUGCUGCAAACUGAAUUUUGUCUGCACACCAUGUGGGUUGUCUGCACGCAAGGGGUUUUUGACUGGAACUGCCUCGUGUGGUUCCUCCCACUUUUCUCCGGGCUGUCUGUGAGCAAGCGCCCUUUCGCAAUCAUGACCUGAGGUCUCUAUCUGUUUCUGGAGUGUCUGUCCCUCAUCUAGAAAAACAGGAGGCGUAGCAUUAAAAUGAAUCAGUCCAAAAAACACAGCCCUGCCUGAAGACUCUGUAAAGACUGGGUUUUCCCUGUGAAAGAAGAUAGAGGGAGAGGGAAAGAAAACAAUGGACUUUUUAUGGAAAAGAUCCUGUUGAGGCCAUGAGGACUGACUCUCUGUAGCCUGGAUCAGGCGCUGGCUGGGUAAAAGGGGUAGUGGCAGCAUUUUCUCUGCUCCUCUCUUCCCUCUGUGCCCCCUUGCCCUCAAGGAGCAUUUGUCUGUGAACUAAACCACCAACAAACCAUUGCUUCUGAGCUGGUUUUGUUUCCUGGUGCAACUCCCUACCAGGCUGCACUAACUUUAGUAUGAGCACAAGGGAAAGGUUGGGAAGAUGCAGCUGGCAGGGAGGAUCGGAGGGAGAAAAUUCAUCACCAGAACAGACCCAGGAACUACUGAUGACAUUGGCCUCGGGGACCUAGGAUGGUGACAGAAGUUUCUCUGCUCUUUGGCUUGUCCCUCAGUCCAGAGCUACACGUCACCAGACAAGCUGGAAUGAAAAUCACUUGGUGCAGUACAGGUACAGAACCAUGAUAACUAAACCCAUAAGACUCUCUGGUAAAAACGAGGAGCUUGGAUAGUUGGUGGCCUGGGUGACUCUGCAAGCAAGGGAGAUUCUGGGAAGCAGGAAAAGCAGGUGGGACCAUCAUGGUCCUUCUGCACCUGCCUUGGGUGACAUUCCCUGGGUGAUGGGAGCCCUUCCCUGGACAGCACGUUGUAACCUGGAAAAUUUUUACUUUCUAAAGGACAGGAAAAUGGGAGAGAGGGAGAAAAAAGCCCCUCUCAACUAUGGAAGACU